AACUCAAUUUUGUUUACGUUCACAGAACCAUACACAAACAAAGCCACCAAUUACUUUCAUAAUACAAUGUCUUCUUCAGAAUCAGGGGUUCACCUAGAAAAGUUUGUAAUUCCACUCGAGGAGAUCCUCUCCGCCACCCAAAACUUUAGUCAAGAAACUCUUAUCAGUGAUAGUGGACUUGUUGCUGUCUACAGAGGACAACUAAAAAACCGCACCGUUGCCAUCGAUCUUACUAAUCCACGUAGUUACCUAGGAGAUCGCGAGUUCAGUAACCAGCUCAAGAUUAUUUCAAGAUUCCAGCAUCAAAAUAUAAUCCCUUUUGUUGGCUACUGUCAUGAAUUCAAUCAGAAGAUUAAGGUUUCUGAAUACGCUGUGAAUGGAAGCCUUGAUGCCUAUCUUGUAAAUCCCGAUAAAAGGUGUUUACUAACAUGGGCGGAUCGCCUCAAGAUUUGCGUAGGGGCAGCAAGAGGACUCCAGUAUCUUCACUCUGGUCUUGGUGGAGACUGCAUAGUUAUUCACAGAGAUGUGAAGAGCCACAAUAUAUUGUUAGAUGACAAUCUGGAAGCAAAAAUUAGUAAUUUUUCUUUGUCGAUAUUAGUCGAGCGAAAUCAGCCACAAGCUUAUGAACCUACUUCAGGUACCGGAUAUUACAUUGAUCCGGUUUACGAACAAAGUGGCAGUGUCAACACAGAAUUAGACGUCUACUCAUUCGGGGUUGUUUUGUUUGAAAUGUUGAGCGGGACGCUAGUUUAUCAUAGAAGGAGCAUUGAUGGUGACCAGCCACAAACACUCAUAAAUCUGGUCCGACGCUACUACGCUGAAGGACUCCACGGCUUAAUUGAUCCUCAUAUAAGAGAUCAAAUUAAGAUGCGUUCUUUUGGUAUAAUUCAAGAUACUGCUUAUCAAUGCAUUAGUUGGAACUUAAAGGAUCGCCCUACCAUGGACAUGAUCGUCAAGAGGAUUGAGGAAGCACUGGAUUUUCAAAACCCCCGUGCUUCUGCAACAGUUACCAUAGAAAGCCUUGAAUAUGAAAACCUAAAUAGUUUCCUAAUUCCACUAGAAGAGAUCAGAUUGGCCACAAGAGACUUCAGCCCAGAAACUUGUAUUGGAGAGGGUGGAUUUGGUAAAGUCUACAGAGGACAACUCUCUAAACAAUGGCAAAACCGCACAGCUACAUUCAAACGCGUGAAUCACAACGGAUUCCAAGGAAAAGAUGAGUUCCUUACUGAACUUAAGAUGAUGUCAAGUUUCAACCAUGAAAACAUUGUCCCUUUCAUUGGAUACUGUGAUCAAGGUGAUGAAAUGAUUAUAGUUUCAGAAUUAGCAAGAAAUGGUAGCCUUGAUUAUUAUCUGGAAGACCGUAACAAGAGUUUUUGUCUAACUUGGGAACUACGCAUGAAGAUUUGUAUGGGGGCAGCUAGAGGACUCGAGUACCUUCACUCAGGCAUUGGGGAGAACAGGGCAGUAAUUCACAGAGAUAUGAAGAGCCAAAAUAUAUUGUUGGAUGACAAUCUAGAAUCCAAAAUUUGUGGUUUUGUAUUGUGACUAUUAGUUAACCUAAAUCAGCCACAAGUCAACAAACCUGCAGCAGGUACCCGAGCGUACAUUGAUCCCAUUUACAAAGAAAGUGGCAUGGUCAGCACAGGAUCAGACGUUUACUCAUUUGGGAUUGUCCUCUUUGAAAUGUUGAGUGGGAUGCUCGCUUACGAUAAAAGGAGCAUUGAUGAUGGUCAGCCACAGACACUCUUACAACUGGUCAAACGCUACUAUGAUGAUGGCCUGGACAAGCUCAUUGAUCCCAGAAUUAGAGAUCAAAUUAAGAUUCAUUCUUUGUAUACAUUUAAGAAGAUUGCUUAUCGAUGUAUUAGUACCAACUUAAACGAUCGCCCAACCAUGAAGAGGAUCAUCAGGAAGAUUAAAGAAGCACUGAACUUUCAAAACCAUGAAGCAACUUAUAGCAUUACCACACGAAACCUAGAUAGUUAUCAAAUUCCAAUAAAUGAGAUCAGCUUGGCAACCGAAAAUUUCAACCCUCAAACUUUGAUCGGAGAAGGUGGAUUUGGUAUGGUUUACAAAGGACAGUUGUCUCGAAGCUGGCAAAACUGCACAGUUGCCAUCAAACGCCUUAAUACACAAGGCCACCAAGGGAAGAAGGAGUUCCAUGCCGAGCUUAAUCUGAUUUCAAGAUUCCACCAUCCAAACAUCAUCCCUUUUAUUGGCUACUGUGAUGAAGACCGUCAAAUGAUUAUUGUUUACCAAUAUGCAGUCAAUCGAAGUCUUGAUUAUUAUCUUGUAGACCCGAUUAAGAGGCGUUCCCUAACAUGGGCACAACGCCUCAAUAUUUGCUUAGGAGCAGCAAAAGGACUCGACUACCUUCACUCGGGUCUAGGGAAGGACCACGGAGUAAUACACAGGGAUAUCAAGAGUGGGAACAUUUUGCUGGACGAAAAUCUGGUAGCUAAAAUCUGUGAUUUUGGUUUGUCAACAGAACGCCCUAGAAAUCUAGAAAGUAGUCAAUUUCUUACCAAAGUUGCUGGUACCAACUUCUACAUGGAUCCUAUUUACUAUGGAAGUGGCAUUCUCCGUAAAUAUAUUCAUUAGGUGUUGUCUUGUUUGAAAUGUUGAGCGGAAGGCCAGCUUAUCACCAAAUAGAGUUUGUAGAUGGUAACCCACAACAUUUGAUAAAUCUCGUCCGACACUAUUAUGAAAACGGACCCGAGAGAUUAAUUGAUCCUGAUAUCAAAGAUCAAAUUGAUAGUCGUAGUUUUCAUACAUUCAAAGAAAUUGCCUAUCAGUGCAUAAGCUUCGUUUCUCGGGAACGCCCCACAAUGGACACAAUCAUCGACAAACUUGAGGAUGCAAUUGAUUUUCAUGUAAGUGCUCUUAUUUAAUUAUGUUGAAGAAGUCCAUUUUAAAAAGCAAGAAUGUAAACAUACAUGAAUUAUUUAGUAUGGUAACCGGUAGUGGGGUAUACACACUUUUUUUUACAAUUCCAAUACGAUAACUAUUGAGAACUUACCCACGAGUGUAAUUUGACUUUCAAGUUUCAACAGUUGUGUUCCUUUUGUGGCAUUCAAAGUUCAUAAUUAAAAAGGAUCAACAUUAGAUGAGUGUGUGAUGAUUACAAAACUUUUAUAGAAGUCUAAAACUAUAUAUCAUGGAGCUUGUAAAAAAGGAAUAUGUAUAUUUUGCUAGUCAAAAAAAAUAAAGUUAUACAACAAUCUAAUGUUAGUACAUGUUUGCCUUUUUGCUUUUAGAAAAAAGUGUUUACUUUGCUUCAAUCCUCUGUGUCUCUGCUUCGUAAAGGGAAUAGAGAAAAAUAUGAUACAGUGUUAAAUUUUCACUUAGCCUUAAAUAAAAUUUCAAACAGAUAAAUUCUU